AGUACAUAUUUGCAACUGUAACUAUUUUAUCUAUACUACUUCCAUUGCCAGCUGUUAUCAUUUGCCUUACUGUUGACAAAUUCAAAUAUAAUAUCCAUCGUUUCCCCACAACUCUUUGCAGCAGCAAUGGUGACAUGUGGUUCUAUUCUACAACACUUCCAAUAGAUGUACUAUUUGCUGCUGGAGUUAUAAUGCUGAUUAUAGUUCUUUGGACUAUGAGAAAUAAGACAAAUUUUUUGAAAAAGAAAAGCAAUACUGAGCUUAGCACUGCUGAGAAAAAAAUCCUAUUGGUUUUUGCAUUCUUUAUUAUUUUUGGUGUUUUCAUAUUAGGGUAUGUCAGUGACAUAGAAGCAAAAUCUGGCAAAAUUAAAGUAGCUUUAAGAGAAUACUUUGAAUGUGAAGCAUUUGGUCACAUUCCUGGAAAGUGUGAUAGAGGAACAUUUGAUAAAAUCUACAAUCCAUACAUGAGUGCCACUGCAUACAUGCUAAUGAGUUUGAUACCGUUGAGCAUUUUGAACUUUAUACUUAAGUGGAGCUCAGUUAAAAGUGCUGGAAAUAAAGUAAUGACAUUGACAAAAAGGUAUUUAAAUUUCUUACAUCAUGAAGAAAAAUCAUUUGCAACUUCCUCUGAAAGUGCUCUUGGUGAUUUAUCAUCAAAAUCAUAACAUAAAGACAUGAAAAUAAGUGCAUAAUUUGACUUUUA